GCCUCAGCCUGCUCUGGCUAGGCGCAACUAGCACGCCACCGCUCAAUCAGCCCUGCGUGGGCUCGUUCGCGUCACCUGAGGACGCCUGCGACGUUCGUCGGCAUUGCUUUCGCGUUGGCGGGUGCAAAACCUUGCAACACCCAGAGCUGACGCGCUGCACAGCAACACACGACACGCAGCACACGCAUAGCAAACAUGCGUCUCAUCCGGCGCGCCACCACCCUACUGAUGGCAUCCACCAGCGUGCAGUCGUCUACGGCACCACCAGCGUACGACGUCGUCGUCUACGGCGCGAGCGGAUUCACCGGCCGCCUCGCGGUCGAGUACCUCACGGACCGUUACGCGACGAGCGGGCUCAAGUGGGCGAUCGCCGGCCGCAGCCGCGCGAGACUCGAAGCUCUUGAGGCCGCGGUGCCGAUCAUCGUCGCCGACGCCACCGACGCGGCGUCGGUCGAUGCCAUGGUGGCGCAGACGAAGGUGCUCCUCAACUACGCCGGCUCGCCGUACAUCACCAAGGCCCUACCCGUCGUCGAAGCCUGCGCGCGGCAUGGGACGCACUAUGUGGACGUGACGGGCGAAGUAGCUUUACAUAGAGCGUCUCUAAGCAGGCACGACGCCAAGGCGAAGGAGACGGGUGCAUUGAUCGUGCACUCGUGCGGCUACGACUCGAUCCCGUCGGACCUGGGCUACCUGCUGGCGUCGGACGCGUACCAGGAGAGGUACAACGCGCAGCCCGAGCGCGCGCGCUUAUUGACGCGCGGCUUCGAAGGCGGCGGUAUCAGCGGUGGCACGAUCUACACCGGGUUGGCGUUGUUGGGCUAUGCCGACGAGCUGAUGACGGAGGAAGCGAAAGGUCUCGUGGCGGAGACGCUGGCGAAGGGCAGUUACCCCUUGAACGACGUCUGCGGGCCGGAGACGAGAGAUACCGCGAAAAUUGUGGAGUACGACGAGUUGAGGAAGCUGUGGAUGGGGCCCUUUGUGAUGGCGGCGGCCAACGCGCCCGUGGUUCGAAGGUCCAUGGAGCUGCUCGGCCGCGACGUUAUCCCCUACGAGGAGAACUCUGGCAAUGUGUACGCGGUCGGGGCCUUGGGCGAGUACGUUCUUCUCGGCGUCGGCGCGGUGCUCGUGCUCUUCCCGCCGACGCGCUACCUGCUGAAGAAGUACGUGCUGCCGACGCCGGGCCAGGGGCCCUCGCGGGAGGCGCGCGACGCGGGCAAGUUCGCCUCGGAGGUCUACGCCGCGGGUCCGGCGGGCAUCGCCGUCGCUCGCGUCGAGAGCGGCGACGCGGGCGACGGCGGCUACAAGGCGACCGCAAGAAUGUCGACGGAAGCUGCAUUGACGCUGGCGCUCGACCGCGAGAAGUGCGCGGCCGGCGGCGUGUCCACGCCGGCGGCGGCGAUGGGGCGCGCGCUCGUGGACCGGCUGAACGCGUCGGGGAUGAAGCUGUUUGUCAUCGAAGUAGGCGGCGAAUUCAACUACUAAGACAC